GUCAGUUAUUUUUACAAGGCUUGGUUGGUUGAACUAGUUUUAGAUCGUAUCAUAAGGUUUAACAGGACCGGAACAAAGACCCCAAAGUGGAAGGUUUCAGCAGUGCAUGGGUGCCCAAAAAACCACUACCCGAGUACCAAGAAGCUGACACCAACAAUCAUCCAGACAUGAACAUCACUAAAGGAGGCCUGGUCAUCUUCUCGGCCAACUCCAACCCCUCUUGCAUGGAGCUUGCUAAAAGGAUUGCAGAGCGGCUUGGAGUUGAACUGGGGAAAGUGCAGGUGUAUCAGGAAGCCAACCGAGAAACACGGGUACAGAUCCAGGAAUCUGUGAGGGGAAAAGAUGUCUUCAUCAUCCAAACAGUAUCCAAGGACGUGAACACCAUCAUCAUGGAGCUGCUGAUCAUGGUGUAUGCCUGCCGGACCUCGUGUGCCCGCAGCAUCAUUGGCGUUGUCCCCUACUUCCCCUACAGCAAACAGUGCAAGAUGAGGAAGCGGGGCUCCAUUGUGUCUAAGUUACUUGCCUCCAUGAUGUGUAAAGCAGGUCUGACUCAUUUAAUUACCAUGGAUCUGCACCAAAAAGAAAUCCAGGGCUUCUUUAACAUUCCUGUGGAUAACCUGCGUGCCUCACCCUUUCUCUUACAGUACAUUCAGGAAGAGAUUCCAGACUACAGAAACGCUGUAAUCGUGGCCAAGUCUCCAGCUUCAGCUAAAAGGGCGCAAUCCUUUGCCGAGCGCCUUCGGCUUGGCAUUGCAGUGAUCCAUGGAGAGGCGCAGGAUGCCGAGUCUGACCUGGUGGAUGGUCGCCACUCUCCGCCCAUGGUUAAAAACAUAGGAGCCAUUCAUCCGAGCUUGGAGAUUCCCUUGUUGAUACCCAAGGAAAAACCCCCCAUUACUGUGGUUGGAGAUGUAGGGGGAAGGAUAGCUAUUAUUGUGGAUGACAUCAUCGACGAUGUGGAUACUUUCCUAGCUGCAGCAGAUACGUUGAAAGAGAGGGGGGCUUACAAGAUCUAUGUUAUGGCAACACAUGGUAUCCUGUCGUCUGAUGCACCACGGCUCAUAGAGGAGUCUGCUAUCGACGAGGUGGUGGUGACCAACACCAUCCCCCAUGAGAUCCAGAAACUGCAGUGCCCCAAAAUCAAGACUGUGGACAUCAGCAUGAUCCUCUCCGAAGCUAUUCGUCGCAUUCACAAUGGCGAGUCGAUGUCCUACCUGUUUCGUAACAUCGGCGUGGACGACUGACGGCGUUGAUCAAGCCUCUACCCUUUUCCUUGCCACAAUGUCACACUGUACAGAGGUUGCAUCUUGUUCAACACUUUAACCUGAGGCUUUUUUGUUCUAUUUUGUUUUGGCCUCUGUUACAGUGGCUAGUGCUCAAAAUAUAAAUCCUAGCAGAAAUGUUUUUUUUUUU